AUGACCACCUCCGUAGUUACACAACAAAACCUUCUCGAUUAUCUGUCCUCUAUCAUAUACUCAACGUAUUCAAUCCUUGGAAUAAUCCUGAACUCAUCUCUACUUUGGUUGACAUUCACACACAAGCAUAGUUUUAUCAAAGAGUAUCGAAUUUUGCUGGGAAACACCACAUGCACGCUGCUGCUGCACUCACUGCUGACGUUCUUUUUACAGUUCGUCAGUGCAGGGGACUCUCUUGGCUUCGUUGCCCUCGGACCAGCCAGAUUUCUUGAUAUGCCUUUCCUUGUGCUUUUCUGCACAGCACUAUGGCUCGCUAUUGAAUAUUACGCCUUCAUGACCAUUGCAAUGUGCAUGAUCUAUAGAUAUGUGACCAUUAGCGGAAGAAGUUUCAGCGAAAGGCAAUUACUGGCUUUUUCCGCUGCUACUUUUUUGCUCCCGCUAUCGAUGGGAAUCGCUAUACUGGCAUGUAAUCCAGAUUUCUCGGAGUUGCAUGCCAUUAUGGAUAAGCUAAGGCCGGAAUAUGGUUUGCAAAGAUAUGGGAAUUACAGCGGUUUGCCAAACGUUAAAAACGUAUACGUCGCGUACACAAUUGCUGUGAUAUGCGGUAUUGCAAUAAUGUCGUACAUCGUAAUGAUAACAGUAGGGUUUCAGACGAAAAAAUUCCUUGCGGAAAAAGCGGGAGUUAUGUCUACAAGGAAUCUUCAAAUGUUCAAGAUGAUGAUAAAGGCUCUUAUAAUCCAAGCCUUGGUGACAGUACCGUUAUCGUUCCCUCAUAUAUGUCUGUACCUGCUGUUACAAUUCACGUCGUUUCGCUCUCUCGCAACGCUAUCUACGAAGAAGAUUUGGCUUCGUCAAUGA